AUGGCUCCAACUCGAGACGAAAUGCUUUCCCUGGCAAAAGGGCUGUCAUUGGAAAUUCCAGCGCACCAGAUUGCAGACUACGAAGCGCUUCUUGCGCGAACCCAAAACACAUUAGAGCUGGUUGCUGGAAUGGAUGAUUACCAACCUGAACCAAAUCAAACCAUCAGCCCACGGCAAAAUGUCCACUUCCCCCUGCCAGCUGAUAACCCCCUCGGUGCAUGGGCCUGGCGCUUUGAUCUAUCGUCUAAUUCCCCGAGCUCCAAUAUCCUGGAAAGCAAGUCUAUUUGCCUGAAAGACAAUAUUUCCGUCGCCGCCGUACCGUGUUUACUCGGCACCGACACCUUCCGCGACUGGGUCCCGCAUACCGAUGCCACGGUCGUUUCACGCAUUCUUGAUGCCGGCGGCAUCAUCACUGGCAAGGCGGUAUGCGAGAACCUGUCUCGUGGAGCCGUUAGCUCGACCGCCGCAACUGGUCCUGUGCACAAUCCUUAUGCGCGGGAAUACUCGGUGGGAGGCAGCAGUUCCGGGACGGCGGCGCUUGUGGCGAGCGGAGCCACGGAUAUGGGGAUCGGAUGUGACCAAGGAGGCAGUAUUCGCAUCCCAGCUGCCCUCACGGGGCUCUAUGGGUUCAAACCAACAGCAGGGCUGGUACCAUACACGGGUAUUGCGAGCAACGAUGCGAGUCUGGAUUAUGUUGGACCAAUUACAACCACUUGCAUGGAUAAUGCGAUAUUGUUGGAGGCGAUUGCUGGUGCUGAUGGGUUGGAUGAUCGCUCGGGACCGGGAAUUCCCCUCCGUUCAGAAGUACCACGUUAUUCACACUUGCUUAGGGAAGGUAGUGUCGCUGGAAUUAAGGGGUUGCGAAUAGGCAUUUUGAAGGAAGGUCUACCGGCUCAGACUGACCCGAAUAUAGAGGAAAAAUUUAGAAAUGCGGUUAAUGUUUUUGAAAAGCUGGGGGCUAGCCUCCAGGAGGUCAGCGUUCCUCUUCAUUCUCACGGAAGAUCAGUGUAUUCUGUGGUCAGCAAGAUGGGAAACCAUAUGGGAAUGAUGGGACAAGCCACAGGUCGACGACAAGUGAUGUUGACAGAUUUGUUUGAAAAGAAGAGUCUUCCCUACACACCUGAUGUGGUUAGCAAGAUGAGCAUUAUGAGCAAAGAAGCCCUACUCAGCGGCGAGUUCGCCUGGCAGCGAUAUGGAACCCUGUACCCGAAGGCCGUUAACAUUAUGCGGAAGCUCAAGGACCUGUAUGACAAUGUUCUUUCUUCAGUGGAUGUCAUUAUAAUGCCCACGACCCUUUUGCCCGCAAACCGCCUCCCAGUUGCCGAAGCAAUGCCAAUGGUUCAAAUGGAAGCUGCGAAAGGGAUGACAGAAAACACUUGCCAAUUUAACGCCACUGGACACCCAGCGCUAGCAAUCCCUAUCGGGUUUGUGCCGGCGCAUGAGGAUAACAACGUGAAGUUACCUGCCAGUAUGCAGAUUGUGGGCAGGUGGCACGAUGAGCUGACUAUCUUGCGUCUUGCAAAUGCAUGGGAGCAAAAUAUUAAAUGGAAGGAAUUUUGA